AUGCCUGUUGUCUCACCUUCUUUUAUUGAAGAUGUAGAAGACUUACUUGUUGAAGAUGUGGAAGAAAACCCAUUUGUUGAUUCGGAUAAUGAAUUAGCUACCAAGGAGCUUCAGCAAGAAGAAAAAAUAGAUACAUAUCAGCAAUUUAGUGAUGAAGAUUUUAUUCAAACUGCUAUAGAAGUAGAACAA